UUCUUCAAAAACAAGUCAGUAAUUGCUGUCUAAAUCCAAGCUUUUGUCCUCUAAUUUCAAAUAGGCUAGACUCUGUUUCUUUGUGUUCCUUUUAUAGCACAACGACCUAAUAUAUCCAUAGUUCUAAAGUAAUCAUGAGCAAAUUCUGGACUUUGCUUUCUCACCUCCACGCUCUUGCCGGGCCAGUGGUGAUGUUACUGUAUCCUCUAUAUGCAUCAGUAGUAGCAAUAGAAAGCACAUCGAAGGUGGAUGAUGAGCAAUGGCUUGCUUAUUGGAUUCUCUACUCUUUUCUUACUCUCAUGGAAAUGGUACUUGAACCCAUUCUUCAAUGGAUACCAAUUUGGUACGAGGUGAAGUUGGCAUUUGUGGCAUGGUUGGUUCUUCCCCAAUUCAGGGGAGCUGCUUUCAUUUAUGGGAAAUUUGUUAGGGAAAAGCUGAUCAAGAAAUAUGGAUCUGCAUAUUUUCAAGACAAGUCUCAGUCUCCUAAUGGCAAACCCAAAAACAAGCUUGUGGAUUUCAUCACCCUUAAGAAGGGAGAGCACUAAAGUUGCUGAGGAUGCAAGCAUCAAAUUAGGCUAAGUGGAUGGUCUUAUGUGGAUAUAUGCAAAAUCGUUACUUUCCUUUUGUAAUGCACUGAAGAGAUGAUAUGUUUCUAUUGUUAUGGAAAAAAUGGACGGUGCUGCUAAUAUAGAUGUCAUGUAUUACCUAACAGGAGAUAUGAUAUACUCCCUCCGUUCAUUUUA